CAGUCUCUCGGCGAGUUAGCGACGUCAACACAACGUGAAGGAUGGCGGGGGGCAGGUUCAGUGUCCGCUGCUUACUUCUCGGCAUUUACACCUUUUUCGUAUUAAAGGCGUACUGCACAACGCACUGGGUCGUUACUGAAGAUGAUAAGAUUCAGGCACAGAUGGACUCCAUAUUCCAGCUGCGGCGGCCAUAUGACUUCCUGGCACUGGCCCAGCAGGAGCAGCGGGCCAUGCAGGUGGAGUCCCUGAAGAGAGAACUUGUGUCCCAAAAGUCACAAAUUGAUCGUAAUGAAGACAAGGACACGCAGUUGGAGGAAAGAAUAUAUCGCACUGAUUCUGACUGUGUCUUGGCUGGGCGACCUCUAACAGAGUUUGACCUUUAUGCCAGCACAGUGGUUAAUAUGGAGAGUGCUGGCAUCAGGUUGGAGGAACACCUUGGACCUCCUCCAGGAGAGUCUGAGGCUUUGUUGGAACCUGAGUGUGUCCUUACCUUUGAGCUGCCUUUCUCCAUGAUGGCCUACGAACACCUUGAGGGUGUGCGUUCCCGAGACAAUCUGACGGCCAGCAUUGAGGAGGAGCUAUCUGCUGUGGGAGGUGAAGGGAAUGUGUCUGUGUGGGGUCACCGGGUUGCUGUGGGACUGGCCAAGAAUGCCACCUCUUGGGUUCUGUAUUCCCUGGCCACUCAGUACUGGAGGGUAAAGGCUGAACCCUAUCAGGCUGUAGAGUGUGUGAGGAGGGCACUUCACUUUGCUCCAAGACACUUUCGAUACAUCCCAAAAGUUCACCUAGGCAACAUCCUGCACCGAGCACGCCGGUCUGAUGAGGCAGUGCUGGUCCUUCAUGCUGCCAUUGACCACUUCCGUAACUCACCCAUGGCCCACAUCACCCUAGGCAAUGUGUAUGCAACAUUGGCCUUCUAUAAUGUAUCCGUGUUGUGCUUUGAAAAUGCUCUAUAUAUGUCUCCAGGAGAUCAGAGUUUGCGGCGAAGAAAGCAUGCAGUUCUAUGCCACUCUAAGUUGGAGGCAGCGCUGGAGAACCAACACCAGUCACUCCAGAGAACAUUAGGGGAGUUAAGGGACUACCAGAAGCGUCAUGAGGAGUGGUUGUCGUUGCAGCAAAAAUUGCUUCUGGAACAGGCAACACCAGAAAUGAAAUUAGAAUCUCGGUUGGAGUAUGAAGAACAGAAAAUAAGGGAAAGCACUGAUGGAAGAGGGCAAGACUGUUUUCAGUACCAGCAAGAUGGACACACAUUCCUCAGCUGCAAUAUGAGGAGAGAUCAGCUGGAGCAGCGAGGUUCCCCAUCAGAGCUGUUGUUGGAUCUCCAAAGUCUUUUGCAUACAGUGGAGUCUGAAGCACUGAGGCUGGGCCAACAUGUGCUGAAGAGGAAACCAUUGCUGAUGUCACAGAUGCCUCAGAUUACACCCCUUCAUCCUGCUAAAACUUAUAGGAAUGGUGGAGGGACAGGAGUGCUGGAUAUGGCUCUUGGUGAAGGAUUCCCUACUGCUGAACAGUGCGAGAAGGCUGCUCCUUUGCCUCAGUGGGAUGAUUUUCCUUCAGUUUUUCUCCCUGCAGAGAACAAAGGAUUCUCUGUGGAUCGCUUCCUGAGUGAUGACAUUGAUGUGAGCUUCAGUGAGGAGCAUCCACUUCCAUGGCAUCCUCCCAUCUGUGAGCGACUCACAGAUACAGUUGAAGGCAUUGAUGACAUUCCGGGCAUCAAGGAGCGACACACUCUCACCACCCGCAGCCGAGACCCCCAUGCAGUGCCUUACCUUCUCAAGUAUGGCCACCAGGGCAUGGAAGCAGAGAUUGGCCAGCGCAUCAGCAGUGCAAUGAAAAAGGGUGUUGGGCCACAGUGGCUGCUGUACAACCUGGCAGGGUUGUACUGGCGGGUGCACGGCAACCUUUACAACGGCAUUGAAUGUUUGCGGCGGGCAGUGGCCACAGCUCCUGAAGAAUGGCGGGACGUGCCACUGGUGAACCUGGCGGCACUUCUGUACACAGCUGGGCACAUUGAUGAUGCCCUCACCCUUACCCUUCAGGCUAUGAGUGUGGCAGACCAUGAGCCUGAAACCAAUUUUUUGUUGGCCAAUCUUUACUGUGGGAAAGGCAACCUGACAGGUGCUUGGCAUCACUAUGAGAGGGUGUUAGCAGCUUCACCCACCCACUCGUCUGCUCUCCAGUAUCUUACUGCUCUUGCCUGCCACACACGGCCACCUCGCUCCACACACCCACUGCCCACCUGCCAGAAUCAGCACGGAGGCAUGGAGGAAGGUGUUUGUACAACUGAUGGAGGCUGUCAGGCUACUCUUGACACAGCUGCUGAAGAUAAGAAUGAAUUGGAAGAGGUCAUAAGUAUAGAUCUUGAUAAUGAAGCUGAGGAAGAAGUAGAGGAAGUAGAAGAUGAGAAGGAAAAAGGAAUUGAGAAAGAAAAGGAAGAAGAGGUGGAGGAAGGGGAAGCAUUAGGCUCUACAGACCUUGAGAUGACUGAGGACUCCACCAAAGAAAUAGAAGAUCCACAGGGACCAGACACUAAGGUUACCUCCACCAAUAAACAAAUUCAUGUGCGCAUUGGGGUGAGUACUGAGGAGUCUGCAGCAUCGUUCAGUGCCAGUGGGUCUGAGAGUGUGGGAGGCAGUAACAGCUUCAGCAGUGGCAGCAGCAGCAGUAGUACUGGUGGCAGCAGCAGUGGCAGCAGUAGCAGUAGUAGUAAUGGCAGUAAUGGUAGUGGCAGCACUGGAGGUAGCAGCAGCAGCAGCAGCAGCAGCAGCAGCUUCAUGGGUGGGUCUGACACUGCAGUGGUAGAGGAUGAUCCCUUACCUGACGUGCUGCUGCGGGUGCGGGAGAGGGUGGCCUCUCCUCCGCCUCCGCCCCACGUGUGUGACCGGGCCAACAAGCUCAGUGAUGUCAAGCACUUCACCUCCACGUGGCUUUCUGUAUCAGCCAAAAGCAUAGAUAUUGCUGAGUACUUGGUUCCCAGUCCUGCUGUGGGCACUCAACUGGAGGAGCCUAUCUGUCGAGGGGACCUGCCAGCCUCUAUGCAUACCUUGGACCACCUGGCUGGCAUUAGACACCGGCAUCUGCUGCCACACUUCCCAGAGAUGGGACUGAGGGAGGCUCUUCAGACACUUACUGAUCGCACUCCAGUCUCUGUUGAUCUCAUGGCUACCAGGAUUGCAAGAUCCCUUGCCAAGAACGAGACCUCAUGGGUGGUGGCAACAGCAGCAGCACUAUACUGGAGAGUGGUGGGCAGCGGGGAGCGUGCUGUGGACUGCCUCAGACACACCCUCCACUAUGCACCCCGGCACAUGAAGGACAUCCCUCUCAUAUCCUUGGCAAAUAUCCUUCACAGGGCAGGCCUCUACAAUAAUGCUCUUGUUGUAGCAAACAUGGCAUUAGAAAUAUCCCCAAAGUUUGUUGUCAUUCAUUUUACAAUGGCUAAUAUUUAUGCUGCCAAGGGUGAUAUGGAAAAAGCCACUGCCUUUUAUCAGUCAACCUUAGCAUUGCAGUCUUCCUUUGAGCCAGCUCGGGACAGACUAAGAGCGAUACAAUGUGCAACGCUUGGGGAUGAAAACUCUGCAAAGAACUGAAGUAUUGUUCUUUAUUGUCUUUAUGCUUCCUUUUAAAAAGGAAUUAUGCAGAAAGUUUUUAAUAAGAGUAUGUACACAUUGAAGUGGUAAAAAUAUGCAAUGUGCAUCUUUAAGUGUUUUCCAGAGCUUUAAUGUAGUAUUGUAGGACUUGUGUAUUAGCAACACCAUUGUUCUGGAGUCCUUGUGGGAAUCUGGAGAUUUUGAGAUGGACUUUUUUCACUUAUUAAAACACUCUUGCUCUGGUUUCCUAUAUACUAUUGAGUCCUAUCAGUCUCUUUAUUCUACCUAACUCUUAUAACUGGGAAACUCUUGUUCUUGUUUUAGUUAUUAGCGACACUGGUGACAACAGCAAUUAGUUGGAAAUUUCUUGCCAGGUAAAAAGUAUUGGAAAUUGUCAGUGAACAUUUGUACACUCAUUUUCAGUACUCAUUGAUGGCCACAAAGAACUCCACCACUUCCUAAUGUUCCUUCAGUUAUGGCAAACAGAUGGUAUUUGUUGUGAUCUAUGUCCCUUCUGUUAUUCCAAAAUUAUUAAGUUCAGUUUUCUACCCCCAAAAAUCUUUUAGUUCUGUAGGAAUUACAUAUUUGAUUUAAGUUGUACCCAUAAAGGUGGCCAAAUCCUUCACUCUAGAUGUAUCUGGCAAUCCAAACAGCUGCUGUUACUGCCUCCUGCACAGUCUGCCAAGGUGCUCAGGUCACUUUGCAACUGAUUCUUCUUAAACCUGUCCAGAACAGUGUCUGCCUCCAGGGUGUGUGGACUGUAGGGAAAUUAAUUUCUCGUCAGCAGACCAGACCCAUGCUCAUUGAUAAAAGGAUUUUUUAUGUAUUAUUGUUAUUAUCAAUAUUAUUAUUAUUAUUAUUAUUAUUAUUAUUAUUAUUAUUAUUAUUAUUAUUAUUAUUAUUAUUAUGUGUUGUUACUAUUACCAUUAUCAUUAUUAUUGUUGUUAUUAUUAUUAUUAUUAUUAUCAUUAUUAUUAUUAUUAUUAUUAUUAUUAUUAUUAUUAUUAUUAUUAUUAUUAUUAUUAUUAUUAUUGUUAUUAUCAUUAUUAUUAUUAACAUUAUUAUUAUCAUUAUUAUCAUCAUCAUCAUCAUCAUCAUCAUCAUCAUCAUUAUUGUGAUGAUUGUCAUUAUCAUCAUCAUCAUUACUAUUAUUAUCAUUAUUUUUAUUCUGAAAGCAGGUGUGUUGCUUCUGCAAAGAGCUGUCAUGAAAAUAGCUGCCUGCAAGGUGGUGUGUUUAUAAGCAUAGAAUGAAUUGAGGAUGUGGGGUACUUAUAUAAUACUCAAUACAAGAGAGUUUUGUGUCCAGGUUGACCAUCAAUACUUUGGCGUCCAUGAUUCUAGAGCAAUCCCAAAUUACCUGUUUUCCCAGACUAACUGAGGUUUGCACCUUUAAACCUCUAAUGCACUUGCUGGUACAUCUAAAAAGACUUAAAUAGUGUAUCUGGUGUGCAAGAGAAUGUUCUCAGAUAAAAUGAAACUGCUGCUUUACUAAGUGUAAAUUAAACACAAACAUCAUGAAACUGGAAACAACUCUGUCAAAAUUAUGGAUAUAUUCUGCUGCUCAUUCCUCAUUCACAGGUUAUUUUUCUUUGCUAACCUUACACAGUGAAGUGCCUUGGUGCUUCUGUAAUAUCUAGAACUAUCCCUCAAUAGCUAUAUUCACUGUGAUAUUCUAAACCAAAUGUUUCAUAAACAUCACUAGUAAUGCAGUGUGGAAUCGCUCCCAUUGUGGAAAUUACUCCUUUGUUUACUUGUUCCAUUUCUGUCUUAACAUAUUCUACAGACAGAGCAAUAGUAAUUUGUCAAUAUUAUUCGAUACAGAUGUUGAUAAUAUGAUAUCUAUCAUAAAACUUGUGAUAGGAUGUAGCAUUUCCACAUAGAUGUUUUGGUGUUCUAGUAUUACUCAUUACAUGUACUCAUGUUUUCUUGCUCCAUUUCUAUCCUGACACAUUGCACAGACAACAGAGCAGUAGUAAAUUGUCACUAUAACUCCCCACAGAUGUUCAUAAUAAUCAAGAUGUAUGAAAUACAUGGUAAAUAUUUUGAUUCUCUCUCUUACUUUAGUGUGCAUAACAGCUUUACCAUGCUAUGGUUGUAGCACUGUCUGUGGCUGCUUGCAGUAAAGUGAUCACAUGGCAUGGCAUUCUGAAGAGAUAGAGAAUACAACCAGCUGAAAAUAUGCCAGAUUAAACAAGGUUCUGGAUUAAAUGAUGCUAGUGUCGAUGGUCAACCUGUGGAAAAAAAUUUAUUAAGCUGUUGCAAGAAUUUGAAACUAUAUAUUUAAGAAGGGCUUUGUACUUUUUAUGUUAACACACACACACACACACACACACACACACACACACACACACACACACACACACACACACACACACACACACACACACACACACACACACACACACACACACACACACACACACACACAUGCACACGCACACACACUGUAUGGGACAGCAUGAGCAUAGCUCUUUUCCCAUAAAGCAUGACUAGGUAAAUACCCACACACACAAUAAAAGACUAAGGAAGUGAGGAGUGUUGAUCAACUAAAAAAAGAGAGAGUGGAUGAAUAUAAAUACAGAAAUAGGGCUAUGCAAGUGUAGCUCAGAUUUUGUCCUACAACUAAAUAAAUACAACUACUUAAAGGUACAUAUGCUUUAAAACCUCCAGAUAUCAAAUUGAUAAGUACACAGUACUGCAGUUGUAAAAGCUUUCCAUAUUAAAAAUUCUGAAAAUCAACUUGUUGAUUAUAGUAACUAAAUAUGAGAAUAUUAGCCUUGUGCUGGAAAGAUUUGUACCUAUAUUACUGUUUCCUGGCACUCAUGAAUGGCCACAGAGAUGGAGGACACUGUUCAUAGUACUCUUCAAAAUGUGACUCAUGCUCCUGUACAUGAUUUAAGAAGUGAUCAGAGAAGGCAAUAGAGGAAAGCAUUUUUUAAACUGUGGCCCAAUAAUCACACAAUUCUCAGAAUAUUAAGUUUGAAUUCAAAAUUUUAAAGUUUAGAUUAAAAUUGAAUUUUAUCAAAUAGAUGCAAACAAAAACAUGCUGAAUGACGUGAUCCAACUACUUAUGGAAUGACUUUGUAUAUCAGCCUGUAUUGCUUGAAUCUGCAGGUAAAUGUCAUAGAUCUUGCUAACAGGAUAAACCCUAAUCUUGAUUUAUGUAGAGGAUAGAUGUACCCUGUACUGAAUUAACUGGAAAUUAGUCUUUAUUUUCUUUUUCAGUGAAGAAGAAAAAAAUACUAUGGUUGCUGUUAAACUUACUUUGAUCUUUGAUAGAUAGGAAUUAUUGGAAAUAAUCUAAACAAUGUGUGAUGAAGUGAUUAACUCAGUAUUAGAUGAUGGUUCAGUAUUACAAUAUUUCAAAAAAAAAAAGGUAAGAAGAAGGAAUAGUGUUGCAUUUGACAUAAUACAACAUAUGAUUCUUUAAUGCCUUACAUAGUGCUAGACAAUCAUUAAUUAGCUUGGUAUUUUCUCUUUACAAUUCAUUUAGAAUCAGCUGGUAUAACAUCAGAUGCAAGUAGGAUGUCAGAGACUUGAAAUUUGAAUGAAAAAUUGUCUUGCAUCAACAUAUCAUUAUGAUAAUCUUUUUACUAAUUACUGACAUGCAACACCAAAAAGAUUAUCAUGUGGCAAAAGAGAACUUUUCUAGUGAGUGAGCAGUGCAGUGGAAAAUAUUAUGGUAAAGACAAAUGGAGCAGAUUAGGAGCAAAUAAUUCUUCCUGUUUGUAAAAUAACUUAGAUUAUUUUAAUUCAUUAUUUUCAUAAUAAACUUGUUUAAAGUUAUUUGGUAAUUGGAGGUUUUGGCAUAAUAAGCAGAUUACUGAAAAUAUUUCCCAUGGAAAGUCAGUUGAGCAUACAAAAGAUGUUGGCGUAACCAGAUUUUAUAAAUUUUUGUAUAAUAAAGCACAAUACCUUUUUGGUUGAACAAUUCAGAUUUAUGAAACACAUUGCUAGCUAUCUUCAUUCAUUGUGAUAAAAGACCUUGUAUAGCGUUAACUGACAGUAUUUUCAGAGUUCUGAUCAGGAUUUGUCAUUAUGCCAUGUAGAUGCAUUGAUACAUUGAGCAGCACUUGAAUAGUUUACUUACUACACAAUGCCAGUCAUUUAUUUAUAGAUGUGUAUAUUGAUUAAUUAUUGGAAUACCAUGCACAUUCCCACCAUACAGUAUGAGUGGUAUAUUUUCUGUUAAUAUUCAUUCUAAGUCAUAACAUAUAACUAAUAAGAUACUGAAUGUGGUGGACCACUCAAGUCUAGUCUGGUGAAGUACUCUUUGGAGGGGUGAAUUGUGUUGUUUAUUUUUGUAAUUAUUUCUUAACUACUUCAAAACUUUUAUUUAUUUUAUCACUGAACUGAUGGAGACUACUUUCAUAAAAACUGAAAGUAGAGCAGCUAGAUAAGUGAACCUGUUUGAAGUUGAAGUUUGUGUAAAUAAGCAUGAAAAAGAAAUUACAGUAAAAUCCUGAUCCAUUGAUUAUACAGGCUGUACUUGUCUGUGAAACUGGAGAAGAUAUCAAGUGGAAAAUAUGUGUUUGGUAUAUGAUAAAGUAGUCAUUGCAAAAGGAAUCUUGUGGCUCUUAAUGUGAAAAAUUAAAUUUUACAACAAUAAUGCAUUCAGAGUAAUAUCUGGUUUUAAACUUAUUGACAUUGAGGCAAGAAAAUAUGUUACUCAAGGCUUCAGGAAUAAGGGUAGAAAUGAAAGGAGAACCCAUGUAAGCGUAGAAUAGGGUGGCAUACUGUAAAAGGAGUGGAUAGAAGUGAUCUGUUGAGGGAUGAAUCUGUUAUAUAUAGAUGAGGUAUUGUUAGGGCAUUUUUGUAGUGGUCAUUCCUUGAUUGGGGCUCCCCAGAAGAAAGAGAGGCACAAAUAAUAAUAAUGAAGAGUACCUUGAAUUUACUGCUGCCUUAUAGAGGAGAUUAUGCCAGUUUCCAAUUAAUGUAAACAUGCAAGUUGGUAUGUGCAACAUUUGUGGGUCACUUUGCAUAAAAAUAUUGUCCUAAGUAAUUGUGAACCUAAAAGAAUAUUUUAUUUGAUUGACUAUAUUUACUAGAGAUCAAGAUUUUACUGUAACUGGAUGUUGCUAUGAAAUUUCUUAUACUGUGAUUGGUCUUUUGGUCAAGUGGUUAUGUUCAGAUGAAAUUAGAAUCUUAAUUAAAGGCAUACAACUGAGAAAGUUUUGGAGGGUUAAAUUCUGUGAUAGAUUGUGCCAAAAAAGACUAUUGUGAGACCAAUGGAAAUGUUCAGAGUUUGCAGAUGAUAUCAAGUUGCUGUAGAAUGCCUGAUGGUGAUGUGAAGGCAUUCCUCAGAUACUGUGGUCAUUUUCCUUAAUUUACUCUUUUUUUUUCCUCAUUUGCAAUUCAUUCCAUGGUUGACAUGGAUGUUGGAGGUCAGUUAAACUUCCAUUGUAUUGUAGUCUUCAAGUUUAAUUUUCAUUGCUCCACACUGCCUUUCUUUUUGUUUCUAUUAUGCAGUUAGUUCAUAAGGCUGUUCAUGUGAGCUGUUCUCAAGUGUAUGAAGUACAUCCACAGUUCUCUUCAGAAUCAUUCCAAGUAAAGUUUGAAAUGAAUUUUUAUGCUGAAGAAAGUUAGCUUCACAACACAGAUGCAGUGUAUGAUUUUUUUCUUUUAUGAAACCGUGUGAUGCUUAUUAUUUCCCUGCAAUUAGAUGGAGUGCAAUUCCAGUAAAAAGUUUCUAUUAACCUGAACACAAUUUGAAUUUUACAAGGAUAAGUAAACAUGAUGCUUGGUUCCACUCCUGUGAAUAAUUUAUUUUCUAUGACAUUAAAUAUUUUUAUUUAUAUUCAAAUAAUCAUAUUAUAUACAACCUGAAAUCUUUAAAUCAUACAUGGAAACUGUGGGAUUGGCUUACUAGAGUAACUGCCACAAACUAAGGAUAAAACUGCAUGAAUUCUGUGGAGAGAGAAAUUAACACCUGUACACUCCUUGGCUUACUGGGUGUUAAAGUUCAUAUCAGCACUUUUAGGUGGUUGGCUUCCCUGUGCUAACAUGAAGCCAUAUUUCAAAAUUAAGAAAAUGACAAUAGUUACCAUGUUGUGAGCAAAGUUGCCAUUAAUGAAUAAUUACCUAAGCUACAAUUUUCAUAGAUUUACUAUUUCUUUUACUUAUGAAGGUUUCCUCUUGCUGUUUCAUUAUGUUUAAGAUUCCAUUAGUAGCAGUGCAUUGCCCUACAAAGUAUAUCAUUCAGCUCUUUAAGAAAUAUGUUGUAUCUUUCACAUUCUAGAAUUCUUUUUCUUAUUCAGCACAUGUUUUAUCCUCUUGACUGUCAUGUCCUUCACAAUGCAGUGCUUCCAUAAUGCCUUCUCUUCUAUGCCUUUUUUGCAGCUUUAUGAGUACAUAUGCUAUUCUUUUACAAACCUGUUUUUAAUAAUGAAUUUUCUUCCAUUUUUCCCACAUGCAUCAAGUACUGUCACAUGUCCUGAUGAUAGGUACCCAACAAACUGUUUCUACUAGUUGAUUAGCUUGUGUUAUUUCCCAUUCUCUUUAAACCACUUUGUGCCAGUAAUUGUUCCUGUUAUUAGUAGAUCAGUAUAUCAGUUUCCUUAACCAUACAUCUAGUCUCCAUGUCUCACAUUCAUACAACUGUAUCUUUCAAUUAUUUUUCAUUUAUUUAUUUAUUUAUUUUUUCACCUUUGCAAAUCUCCCUCCAUACCCUUCUCUCCUAUUAAAAUUUUUAAAAGCAUUUAUGUUCCCUUAAUUAUUGUCGUAUUUUUAUUUGAAAGAUUAUACUUGCUUCCUGGCGCAUGACCGAACCACUGUCUAUCAUUGUUCCUUCUAAAAUUAAUGUAAAUUUUGAUGGAAGGAUAACACAUACAUGCAAAAAGACUGCAUUAGAUUGCACCUCCCUGCCCCGUGGUGUCUCACUGACUGUAUUCCAUCAAUCCUUGCCAUAUCUGUAAGAACAUCUUAAAUCUUUGUAAUACUGUGUGUUUUAGCUUAUUUGUGAUCGUAGUAAGAAAACUAGGAAAUAAAUUAACCUUUUUUGGA